AUGUUUGAUAUCUCAUCUUUAAUUUAAAAUGGUAUUCAGAAUGAAGAAGAAGAUAAAUAAGUCUAUUAGAAGUAUAUUUGUGAAAUAAUGAAGAGAAAAUAAAUGCAUUUCUAUUAGAAAAUAGUAGAAUGAUUAGUCUAAUCUUAAAGAAAAUUUGGGAAUUAUAAAGCUAGAUAUAAGGAAGAUGCAGAGUCAGAUGUUGAGUUAUAGAAAGAAAUGGAAGUAAAAUAAUUGUAAUAACAAGCAGCAAAGAAUAUUUAGGAUACUGAUGUUUGAGGUGUGAAUGUAGGUAAAGAAUAAGAUGUAAUAGAAUAGAAAAUAAAAUAAUUAUUAUAUUAAUACAAUUUAAUUGGAUUGUAGUGUUUAAGUGAGAAAAAUUAGAAUUAAACUGGAAAUAAUUUAGAAAAAAAAUGUUAAAAAAUUGAAUAAUAAUGUAUUAAGGGGUUGGCCAGAAUUUAUUAGUAUACUUAAGGAUUUUACUAAGAUAGAAAUGAGAACUAUGGUUAAUUAAUAUAGAUGAAUAAUGGUUAGAUAGAGAAGGAGGAGUCUAAAAAAAGAAGAAAGGUGAAGAAAAAGGAAUAAAUUAAGAAAUAAUAAUAAGGAUAAGAUACAUUUAGUUUGAAGAGAAGACUAUUUAUAAAAAUAAUGUUGAUGAGCAUUGUGUUGAGGGAGGAAUGGAUGAGAUUUAUGAAGAGAAUUUAAGAUUAGAAGAAAUAGAAGAAAAACUUAAGAAUUUUUAAAAAUUAAAUAAAACAUAGGAAAAUAUAUGA